AUGGCUUCAAUAGAAUAUUUAUCAGAUAAAAAUAAUUCGGAUUCAUUACGUUCAACAACACCGUCAUUGUCAAUUAUCGUCGAUAGUUCCGAAUGUUCUACAACAAAGUGUAAGCGCAUUGGAUGUGAAAAUUCUUCUAUUGAACAUCCUGAAUGGGACGGAGAAUAUUGUAGUGCACAAUGUCUAUCAGUAUUUUGCAAAGAAGCAUUUGAACAAUGGGUGAAAAAACAUCAACCAAUGUCUUGA